AUGAUCAUAAUCCUGAUAUACCAUCAGAAAAGAAAAGAAUAAUUAGCCAGUAAAGGACCAGUUAAUCAUUUGGGACUGAAAAUGGUUAAAAAUAUUGGGUCAGCAAGAGUUUGGUUGAUGCAUUAGAAUAUUUCAUGGUAAGCUUUGAGUAGAUCAAUAGAAUGUUGUUGGGGUUAUAUCAUUGAUUAAUAAAAAAAUUCUUAUAAAUAAUUUUUUGAAUAAGAAUAUAAUCCAGAAUUAAUUUAUUAUAAAUUGAAUUAGAAAUUUUGGUUUUUAGUUAUAGCUAGUGAUGGAUGGAGGAUAAAUUAUACGCAGAUUUUGUUGUUCUUAAAUGAAUGA